AUGGCGCGAACAAGAGGGGCUAAAUCUUCAUCUCCUUCGAAUCGCAAGAAGAGUCUGCGAAAGGAACCAGUUCCAGAUCCUGCUCCUCAACCUUCGCAGCCGAAAGCAAUCCCUCCUCCAAUGAAGCCCGCGCCGCCAAAGCCGCCAGCGAAACGAUACCUUACCAGGUCGGGAGGUCGGCCAUUGCAAAAGAAGCCCAGGGUCGAGAGCUCAGAAGUACCAUCUCCGGUACCGCAAGCAAAAUCUCCGGCGCCGCAAGCAAAAGCUCAGGAGCCUCAAGCACCACUUCCCGAGCCCCAAAUUGCAGCUGAAGUAGCUCCUAAAGAAGUAAUCAGGAGGCCAAUGCUACCUCAGCCCCCAAUUGAGGGAAAUUUGGAUUGUCGAACACGGCCAUUCCACUCCGAGCUUUGCUUCGACUUACCGGCAUUCAGAGUGAGGCUGGAGCUUGCCCAGUCAUUCCAGCUGCUGAGAAGGACACGUGAACAGGAGAACAUGCGCGCCAUGCCUGAGGACGAAUGA